CCUCCCAGAUCCAAUCCAAGUCAUAACACCUCGCCCUCCCGCCCCUGGCCUCCAUCUCCAUUCCUACGCUCAUCGGCCACCUCCCUCCGAUGGAGCUCGACCCCCACCCCCAAGCGCCGCUGCUCCAGCCUCUCCCGCGCCCCUCGAUCCCAGAUCCCCGUCUCCAAGUCACCCUCUCGCUCCCUCAGAUCUCGAUCCGCCGCCGCCCACCAUCGACGACCCUCACCAUAGACGAGAUCGAGCUCCUCCCUCCCUCCUGUUCUCCCCCAGCCUUAUGUGCUCCGAGCGAACCAACCACUCCGUGCUUGGGAUUUUGCCGCACGGCGCACCGUCUCGCCGGCCCGGCGACCACAGGUAGGCAGUCCACGGCCAAGAUGGAGGCAUGCCCCGCCGCGACCACGGCUCGCGUGGGAGCAGCGCACGACGGAGGCCUCUGGAGGAGAAGCGGGAGGAGCCCUAGCGUCCUCGCGCGCCCGGCCCGUGGCAGGAGCACCACGACGCGCGUCUCGGAGCUGCAGCAUCUCCUUCGGCGACUUCAUCUUCGGCAUCCUGCCGGCCACGCUCGUCGGCGUCGGCACCCUGGCGACUUCCCGUAAUCCAGUUCGGCAACGCGUGCUGGGAACUUUACUGCCUCGAGCACGGCAUCUAGGUUCUUCAUACCCCAUCUCAUCCCAUCUCUCGCCCCUUCCGAUGUCGAACUUGUAUGUGGUUCAAACAAUGAUUGUAUGAACACUUUCAGUUGUCAGAUCUUCUCUGGUUUGGAAUAUUUAGGUUGUAAUUGAUGCACGAUUUGAACCGUGAUGGGAUUACUGGAUUACCUUCCCGUGUAGGUCUAAUUGUUUUCCCCCAA